GAGAUUCUUACAAAAGACGACGCACGAUUGAUAUUUUAUUGACCGUCCACACAAAAUACCUGAUGCAUAAUUUAAUACACCACAGCGUUAAAUAACGGAAGAUGAAACGUUAAAAUCGACGAAAAUCUUAACUGCUCCGGGAACAUGUAUAAUUAACACUGACUGAUAUAUACACGGCGAUAAAACUCAAAGCAUGCCAGACUUUGGAGGAUUAUUUAUCAGGGUAGAUAACACUAACAAAUCAAUCGUGUGUUCUCUGUUUGUAGCAAAAUGGCACGUUGUUUGCGGACUGUGAAAUCGGAGGUCUUUGGAGUGGAAUAAAAAGGAUUUCCAAUACUAGGCUGUAUUCAGGCACGGGACACAUACUUUUGCGGAGGUAUUGGGGUUCGUACGAUGUCUGUCGCCUCGGCGAACACACUGAUUCGUUAUGAGGACGAACUUCGCCGCCGACUGGAGAAGUUGUCCAGGACUUACGACCUGACCACUAUGAAAAUAUUCGUAGUGGUAGAGUGUGUCGGGGAGGAACUGGUCUGUAGUACGUACAGCCCGGAUCAGAGAGACCGAUGGGGUUCUUUCCUAGCCAGGAGAGAGGCCUGUCGUCUGGAUCUCAGCAAACACGUGAAGAACCGCUCGAGGUACCAGGACUUUCUCCAAAACGUUUCCAGAGAGGAGCAAGGAAAGGAUUUUCACUCAGCUGUCAUAAGGUAUUUCCACGGGAAAGGUGCCACGGACGCAUUCGGUCAGGUGACUCAGAUAAACAGUACGUUCAGUUUUUGUAACCACAUCUGUCAGCUGUUCGAACGAAAACUGGACACGUGGUUUCAAUCUUGUGAGGCGGUUGCUGUGAAAUUGACAGGCCACGUGAAAGUGUCUAACUUUGUGCGCGUGAUGACAGGACAAAUAGACGCUCUAUGUCACAGAGACGAGUACAUGUUUGCAAUAAACAUCAAGGUCACGGGUAUGAACACACCAAGACCGCUUGACCUGGCCGAAAUGUGUUUGUAUAAAGCUUUGGUAAUCCAAAACGGACUAUGUGACCCUGAUCUACUGAAACUCUGCUUACUUACUCUGCAUCUCACGGAAGAGAAACCGAUUCUACGAUUCUGGGAAUAUACCCCAACAGACGAAAUGGAACAGGCCAUUCGGGAAGCAGACGUGGAUAGGUUGAUUGACGCGGGAAAAUUGAGUCAGCAUCACGAAUUCUGGAAAGGCAAUGUUCAUCUACUUCCUGUGUCAUCAAUGUAUUCGGGUUCAUCCAGAGAGGGCUGACGGGAUGGGACCCUGACUGACGCACGCUAUGGUGGAUCUAAAGCCCAGACCUGCCUUUCUAACGUACAACUCCUCUACCGUACAACUUAUCUGCGAUAGGACCCACACGCGCUCUCAUGGCUACAGGUCGAUAAUUACCAUGAAAUGUGUACACAAUUAUUAUAGGAUAAUCAAUAUGUUGCCUAGUGUUGAGAUCUGGAUCACGAAAUUGCUUUAAGAUUACCUUUUUAUGAUGUAUAUAAUCAAUGAGCAUUAGUGUGCGAUAUGUCGACUAUUCGGUCUUUUUAUAUUAAUACCAAAACCAGUUCUAUACCAUUUGCGGCAUUUACCUGCUACAGACGAUUACAUUUCUUAUCCAUAGGCGAUCUUGUGUUGUUGACUAUAUAGGUAUAAUUAGUAUAAUUGUAUAUACUAAUACUGUGUGGUAAGUUUAACCGUAGUGUGUCCGGGCUUUGGUGGAGGCGCAUGGCAAUGGUGGUGGUGUCUUUCUGUUAUAUGCACACAUUAUUUAUUGCAUGAGUUCACGCACACAUUAUGUCAAUUUAUGAUACUUAGAUAGAUGUGAUAUGAGUACAGUAAAACCUCGUUAUACUGCCGCCAUUUGCUCCGUGAAUGCUUGGCGUUACAAGGAGUUUGGCGAUACAUCCGGGAAGACAUAUAAACAAUAAUUGCGUGAAAAAGGAAAGAAAUAGAAGACAUUUUUAUGUUUUCAGUAUUCGAGAGUGCAACUGAAACGAAGUUGGGCAUUAUAUCGAGGUUUAACUGUAGUUUAAAUGAUUCGUUUAGUCCUAAAAUGGUAUAUCACAUGUAUUUUGUCAAAACUUUAUUUCAGGAUAUUUUUUUAAAAAUCAUAUAUAUAUUAAAUGAACAUUCAUUCGCCAUGAAAAUGAGAGCAGACGAAUAUGAUGGAAGUGUCAUGAAUGCCAGUCAGAACAUUAAUGGUUGUAGCCACUGCUUUGGUGACGGGCGCAUGAUAUGGUGUUCAAUUAGACCAAAAUAACAGACUCUCUUUUAAAAAAGUUGAUUGAGCAGAUUAUCUUUAACAUGUCAUAGGAAACAUGAAAUAUACCAACAUAGUUACUACAGCUAUGGUGAUUGCUCAUGGUAGAAAUGAUGGGUCACAUGUGAAAUAUUGUGCAGACAGAAAAAGGCCUGAAUGCAUAAGAAUAUAAAUGGCGUGAAUGCAUGAAAAAUAGCUUUGGUUAUGGCGCAUGGCAGACGUGAUUUUGUAUGCUUGACUUAAUGAAAUCUGAUGGAUUUAUAAUGGCGUUAAUGCAUGAAAAAUAGCUUUGGUGCUGGCGCAUGGCAGACGUGAUUCUGUAUGCUUAACUGAAUGAAAUGUGAUGGAUGUAUAAAUGGCGUGAAUGCAUGAAAAAUAGCUUUGGUUAUGGCGCAUGGCAGACG